ACAAAUCGUCGCACUUGGCAUGCGACAGUGGACUUCCAUGGCUAUAAGUACGCGCCAGAUCUUCACUUCUUUUCCUUCAUUCAGACGCAUCCGAAAGCUCCUGGUCAUCUGUCUCGACAUUUUUGCCUCUCCUAGCUUCGUCUCAGUUGCUAGCCUGGUCGUCUGACUUGUGCCAUGGCCCAUGGGAAGAGGUCUAGGCAGCAGCAAGCCGAAACAACCUCCGUCAGCCUGAUGGACCUGGACGGCGGCGACAUGGCGCGCAUCCUCAUGCUCUUCUCCGGCCACCACAACAGCCACGGUCACCAGGGCGCUGCCGCGCCCGCGUCGCCGGAGAGGGUGUUCGAGUGCAAGACCUGCAGUCGGCGGUUCCCGUCCUUCCAGGCGCUCGGCGGGCACCGUGCCAGCCACAAGAAGCCGCAGCUGGCUGACGGCGAGCCGGCCAAGCCCAAGGUGCACGGCUGCUCCAUCUGCGGGCUCGAGUUCGCCGUCGGCCAGGCGCUCGGCGGACACAUGCGCCGCCACCGCGCCGUCGCGGCCGCAGGGGCCGGCGUCGAGCGCGGCCUCAGCCUCGACCUCGACCUCGGGCCGAGAGGCGACGGCAAGAAGAAGACAACGGCGGUGGCGGCCGGACUGAUGAUCGACCUGAACGUGCCGGCUCUGGCACUGGAGGAGGAAGAGCCGGCCGAUCAUGCCAAGCUGGGGCUCGCCGUGGAAAUGCAGUUUCCCGUGGUGGUUGACUUCCGACGUUGAAAUCUAACACAAGAUAUUUACGUCGCUAGAGCCUUCGUCGCUACAUCAUGCAUGGCCGGCCGUGCAGCAGGCGCGUGACGAACUGGCUGCGCUGACGCCUGUUCACGCAGACGCCGGCAAUCAAGAGCCAGCUCCGCCGGUGUGGGGUUGGCCGUGCCCCAAGCGGAUAUGCUGAACUGCUGUCCCUGACACGUUUCCUGGUGAAGCCGGUGUCCACCGUCAAGGACGAGGAGGCAGCGGACCUGACUCUUCUGCUGCAUAUCUACAUCACCAACAGAGCAGCUCCUGAUUUUUUUUGGAAAAUAACAUAGCUUUGUUAAUUGCAAAUAACGGUUACAUCGCCUAUAAAAAAAGAUAGAAUUUCAUCUAAAGGCUCCUGAAUCGCUAACCUAGUCAUGGGCAACUUUAUUCGCUUCCCUCUAUUACAGUGUUCAAAACCAAUGAACUGCCUCUCCCACACUACCAAUAACGCAAGCUUUGUU